GUCACUAUAGCAACCCAAAAUCCCAAAUGCAACUUGAGUUUAGUUGAAUGAAAAAAGGUUGUAAACAAAUGAUAUUUAACCUUUUACAAAAUAGAUUAUUGUCGUUUUUAAAACAUUUGUGAUCAACUUAAAUCAACAAUGUCGAACAACGGAAAUGACAAAGAAGAUAUCCUUAAAUCAUUCAUCACUGAAGUGAAAAAAAUUGAAGAACAAGACUCUUUUUACACAUCUGAACUUCAAAUUCAACGUUUGUUAAGACCGGGAUCAUCAUAUGCUAACUUAAACCCUUUUAGUGUUUUAUUGCUCGAUUAUGAAGCUCCGUUGGAACAAAUCAAGAAACAGUACAAGAAGUUAUCGAUUCUGCUUCAUCCAGAUAAAAAUCUAGAUAAUCGAGAGAAGGCCCAAAUCGCUUUUGAUAUUUUGAACAAAGCCUACAGAUGUUUAGAGGAUGAAGCAUCACGAGCUCGUGCAUUAGAGGUUGUCGAAGAAGCCAAGUUCAAAGUGAAUCAGAAUAUUGAAGAAAAGAGGAAAAAGUUGAAACGCCAAGGUAAAGGAGAGACCCGGAUCGAUGAAGAUGAUCCUGAAAAAUUCAAACAUGCCAUUCAUGUGAUGACAAUGAAGCUGUUUGCAGAUUACGAAAGGAAAAGACGACAAAUGGAGGAUAGAAAUACAGAAGACCGUAAAAGGAAGAGAGAAGAAGAAAUCGAAGAAGAGGAAAGGAAGAAAGCUGAGGUUGAAUGGAACAAAAAUUACGAAGAAAGUCGUGAAAUUCGUGUAUCAAGUUGGAAAAAUUUUCAGACAACUGGGAAAGUCAAGAGGAAGACUUUCAGACCUCCUAAACACAAGCCUGAAACCAAAUGAGUUGCCAAAAUAUCAAUCAAUACAGACCUACUGGCAGAUUUACUGAAUAAACCGUUUAAAUCCUCUAAAAGCUAUUCUCGAUCUUAAUUGAUAACCAAUUUCGCUCGAUGGUCAACUUAAAUUCAUUCAUUCAUUUACUCAUUUACUGGAAAAGAGUCCAGAAACUAUCAUUAUCAAGUUUCAUUCUGAAAGGAAUCAUUGUAUUGUCAUCAAUUUGUAGAUUUAAGUCACAACACGAACAAAUACUAAUUUUGUGUAAUAUACGUCUAAAUAAAUUUUUGGUCAUUCAA